UUGCACACCUGCACAAUCAUCUGAUGCUUUUGAGAAGAACAAACACAAAGACAACAAUGCAGACUUCAACCAUAACUCUCCUGCUCAUCGCUGCGGUUUUCUGCAUCAACACUGAAGCAUUUCCAGACACAGCUGUCGAUUGCUGCUUGACCACCAAGGACACUCGUAUCCCUCUGCAGAUUGUUGCGUCCUACUUUCAUCAAACCACAGAAAGUGGAUGCCCCAUUGCAGCUACUGUAUUCAUCACCAAAAAGGACAAGAAACUCUGCGCCCCACCAGAGAAAAACACCUGGAUUUCCAGGAUCAUCUCACACCUGGAGAAGAAGCAGAGAAAAGCACUUCAGUAGGAAGACGAGAAGUGAACAAGAUGACCCCGCAGCUGCACUUAACAAACAGGAAGCGAUGGCUCUUUAUCAUCCACGUUAUGAACCAUUACAGGCAGAUAUGCUAUUUGAGUAGUGUGAUAUGCUUUUUAUUACUUGUCGUACUGUGUCAAUUUUGAGUCUUAUACAUCUGCAUGAUUAUUCCUAUAAGCUUGUGUUAUUAUGACUGAUGCUUUGUGUGUUUUUUUUACUAAGAAUGAUUUUUUAAAUAAAUAAAUGUUUGUAAA